UUGGAAUAGGUGGCAAGUUUGGGCGCCUGUGUGCGUUUACAGUGGGGGCGUGGCCGGGCCAGGGGUCAGCCAGACUGCGCGGCCGGACGCCGGCGCCAUGGAGGAGUACGCUCGGGAGCCUUGCCCAUGGCGAAUUGUGGACGAUUGCGGUGGAGCCUUCACUAUGGGCGUCAUCGGCGGCGGAGUUUUCCAGGCCAUCAAGGGCUUCCGCAACGCCCCUGUCGGAAUACGGCACCGAUUGAGAGGUAGUGUCAACGCUGUGAGGAUCCGAGCCCCCCAGAUUGGAGGUAGCUUUGCCGUGUGGGGGGGCCUGUUCUCCACCAUCGACUGUGGCCUGGUGCGGCUGCGGGGCAAGGAAGAUCCCUGGAACUCCAUCACCAGUGGAGCACUGACUGGGGCUGUGCUGGCUGCCCGCAGUGGCCCAUUGGCCAUGGUGGGCUCAGCAAUGAUGGGGGGCAUCCUGCUGGCCCUCAUAGAGGGUGUUGGCAUCCUCCUCACUCGCUACACUGCCCAGCAGUUCCGCAAUGCACCCCCGAGAUCGGAAGAGCAUGCAACUCUUGAUCUCAAAGUUGUGAGUUUGAGCCCCACAUUAGGUGUAGAGAUUACUUUUAAAAAAAUUCAAAAUAUCCACCAGAACAAAGCCGGCAUAAUCAGAGGGCAAAUCUCCCUCAAACUUGUUGAAAAAAAUAUAUUAAUAGGCAUUAAACAGGAUUCUUAGGAAUUCUCCAGAAGCUGAUGACUGCAGAGGUGCAGAGCUUGUCCCCAAGGUGAUGAAACAAGAUUAACUUUCUGAUUUCUACAGCACUCCUUUUUUUUCUUUUUAUUCCACUGUGGAUCUUGACUAUUAUUGUACCAUGACGCCCUCUAGUAUCCAACUAAAGUAUCUCUCAGGAUGAUCUCCUUUAUUCUCACCCUGUUACUUUUUUUUUUUUUAAAGAAACACAGAGGUUUAUUCUUUAAUGUUUAUUUAUUUUUGAGAGAGAGAGA